UGACUGGGAGGCAUACGUUUUCAAAGGACUAGAAAGCAUAUAAAAUCCUUCAGUUUUCCAACUGUGUGAAUCCAGGAAAGGAAUUUCAUUGCACUAUAAGAAGAUUCUUCUUUAUCCAUAGCCAUGGCAGGACUUUCAGAAGUACAGUGGAAUGAACUAUUGGCUUUUUGGGACAAAUAUGUUGCUCCAAGUUCUUCAGAACAUGGUAAACACAUUUUAAUUCGCAUGUUUCAGACAGAAAAGGCAACUCAGACCCUCUUCUCAAAGUUCAAGGAUAUCCCUACUUCAGACCUAGCAGUCAAUGCUGACGUGAAGAAACAUGGCGGUGUUGUUGUUGAUUUUUUGGGAAAGCUGCUGAAACUGAAGGGCCAGAAUGAUAGCCAGCUACACACUAUGGCCGAAUCUCAUAAGAACAAGCACAAGAUUCCACUGGAUUACUUUCAAGUAAUUUCUUCUGUCAUUGACGUGUAUGUGAAUGAAAACCUGCCAGAAGAGUAUGCACCUGUCCGGCAAUCCAUGAAAUCCGCACUCAACCAGAUCGCCAAUGGCCUAAAAGACAAUUAUGCCAAAGUAUAACUCUAAGGAAAAUAUAAAUUAUCUUAUUUUCCAUAAAAGAAGUGUUUUUAAAAUGGAAAGGAAAGGAACAAAGCAAUGAAUCUCUGUAAUAAGAAACAUUAUUUGCAGUUUAGUACUGCUUCCCUGAUGGAAACUAAAAAAAAAUAUUGAUUUAUAACUGUAUAAUAUUUAAAGAAGUAGAUGAAUGUGAAUUUAAAGUAGCCCUGAUCUAACUUUUAAUUAACGUAAGUAAUUAGAAGUUAUUACUACCAAACAGAAAAGUCUUUCGCUAUGACCAUCAGUAUAGUACAGCAAAAACACUAGAAUAUUUUGUAUUCUAUGUGCUUAUUGGCCUCAUACUUGAAAAGGUCACUCUCAGAUCUCAUUAGGCACUUCAUGACCAGAUUAAGAUAGAAUUCACUGACAAGGUUAUGGUUUUGUAGUUAAAAUAAUAUGUGUCAAGAGGACUGAUAUCAGAUAUGUUCAUUGUUUCCAAUGUCAUACUUGGUUUCAAUAAUCAAUUUCUUAAUAAAAUAAAAUGCUUUUUC